UAAUUAUAUUUCACCUAACCGAGGCUCCAAUGAGAGAACUGUUAUAUAAGAAGAAGCCCAACAACUCAGGACUAAACGCAGAUCAGAGACAGCGCGCGCUGCCUGCGAGUUCGUGAGCAGGAAAAAAAAGGGGGUGAAAUCGACGGCGGAGGGAGUCACGUUGCGCAGAGUAGAUCCUCAUCCUCAUACGUCUGAGAGGCGGGAGCAAGUGGACACGUCCAGGGCGCGAGGAGGCUUGAACCAGUUCCGCAAUCGUCUCGAGCAGGACGACUUCAGCGAGCGCUUGGUUUGAUUUUUUUCCCACUCUCCUCGUUCCUGCCCAGGGGAAUUUCUCCUAACCUGUAGCGUUGCUCUUCUUUCUCGAGCGUCCAGCUUGAUCCCUCACAUGGAGCGACGCGUAGGGGCAUCAUGAAUGUGUGGAUGGUCGUGGCAGACACAGCUGUGGGCCAGCGGUGGAUGGGCUGCGCCAGAGCGCCCUGGACGGAGCUGAUCCUCUGAGGAGAAAUGAUGGGAGUGUGACAUGAGCGCCGGAGCGGUCCCUGAUGGAUGUACAUCUCACCUCCGCAGCCUGCAAGUUCGCAUCCAUCUCUAGCGGAACUAUACAGCAUGACUUUUUUCCCUCCCGCGGUGGAUGAGAAGCAAAGAGGACGCGUGCGCUUGAGUCGUUAUUCCGAGGAUGGGGAGUGUGUGUGCUUUUAUUUGAGGGGGGAAGACGCUGCUUGGUCUCCACCAUCCAGAUCUCGCUCGGAAUUGCUCGGGAGGCUUUGAGCUUUGAAGUGAUUUGAAAAUGAAAAUGCGCGUUUUCUUUUCACCGACGUGCUGAAACGUGCGUAAAGCCCGGUCAGGCAUUCCUGUGGACAUCAUGACAUUUAGAGGAAAUCUAAGCGUGUUGAGAUCCGCACUGGGCUGUGAGUAGAAACCUAAUCAGAUCCUGCGCGUUUAGGGGCGAAGAGAGAGGAGGGAAGUGAGAAAAAAGCAAAGUUGCACCCUAAACCUUGAGGAUAGAACAGAAAACAACCCUAGUUGUACGUUUUUUUCUAAGAAACAGUGAAGAACAUAGGAUGCGGAUCAGUAUGGGGGCUUUGGCUUGUGAAGAAGGGGGGACAAAUCAGUAAUACAGAUCUAAUCGAGUUAAAGAAUGGGACACCACAGCAGAGGGGGAACUGCGUUCAUUUGAGUCAGAAAAGAAGCAGAGGAUGGCCACAGAGAUGUCCGGUUAACACGGCAGGAGCUCGCAGCUACAGCAACAUUUGUUGGCGUUUGGUCUUAGUGGAGAACUGAACAGAAUGUGGAUAUGCGCGAUUCAUCUUGAACGCACGAGCCGGUGAGGGAUCUAUAGCCACUGCCGGACAUCGAAUAAACUCGAGACGGGGGCAGUGUGGAGGAACUGUGCGCAGAAUUGCGUGAGGCUCGCGGAUGGAGUUCCACUGCGGCUGGCGUGGAAGAGCGCGCGCUGUGCUUUUCGCUCCGAUUUGAACUGCAAAGAGAUCCCAGCUUCGAGAGAGAGAGACAAAAGGAGGCCACUUAGUGAAACUGAGAGUGAAGAUGUCCAGGACCUGCUGGCACUGUGGAUGACCUGGCAGCUUGCCCAUUACAACGCACCCCAAAGAGUGGACAGCUAGCCUACGAAUUAUGAAUGUUGAACAAGAUGACCUUCUCCCAGCAGCAGCAGACGAUGAGAGGUCCUAGGUGGAACCGGGCCUUGUCCGACCCGUUGUUCGUGCUGUUGCUGGCAUUGCAGCUCUUAGUGGUGGCUGGCUUGGUGAGAGCUCAGACCUGCCCAUCUGUCUGCUCAUGCAGCAAUCAGUUCAGUAAGGUCAUCUGCACACGUCGUGGCCUGCGCGAUGUGCCAGACGGCAUCUCCACAAACACCCGGUACCUAAACCUGCAAGAGAAUUUCAUCCAGGUGAUCAAGGUAGACAGCUUCAAGCACCUACGGCACCUGGAAAUCCUGCAACUGAGCAAGAACCACAUCCGUAACAUUGAGAUUGGAGCCUUCAAUGGGCUGGCCAGUCUAAACACGCUGGAACUCUUUGAUAACAGGUUAACUACAAUCCCAAAUGGAGCAUUUGAGUAUCUGUCCAAGUUAAAGGAGCUAUGGCUAAGGAACAAUCCCAUUGAGAGCAUACCGUCUUAUGCCUUCAACCGAGUACCCUCGCUGCGAAGGCUGGAUUUGGGUGAGCUGAAAAGGCUCUCAUAUAUUUCUGAAGGUGCUUUUGAAGGCCUGAGCAACCUGCGUUACCUGAACCUUGGUAUGUGUAACCUGAAAGAGAUCCCUAACCUCAUCCCUCUGGUACGCUUGGAUGAACUGGAGAUGUCAGGAAAUCAACUCUCAGUUAUCCGACCAGGGUCUUUCAAAGGGCUCGUCCAUUUGCAGAAACUGUGGAUGAUGCAUGCUCAGAUCCAGACAAUUGAGAGAAAUGCCUUUGAUGAUCUUCAGUCACUGGUGGAGCUGAAUUUGGCUCACAAUAAUCUUACCCUGCUCCCUCAUGACCUCUUCACACCACUACACCAUUUGGAGAGGGUGCACUUGCAUCACAACCCUUGGAAUUGCAACUGCGACAUCCUUUGGCUCAGUUGGUGGUUGAAGGAAAUGGUACCAGCCAACACCAGCUGCUGUGCCCGCUGCAGUACCCCUCCCAGCCACAAAGGACGCUACAUUGGUGAGCUGGAUCAGAACUAUUUCCACUGUUAUGCGCCUGUUAUUGUGGAGCCACCUGCUGAUCUGAAUGUGACAGAGGGCAUGGCAGCGGAACUGAAAUGUCGGGCAAGUUCACUGACCUCAGUCAGUUGGAUUACACCCAAUGGGUCUAUCAUGACACAUGGAGCGUACAAGGUGCGUAUUUCCGUGCUCAACGAUGGGACAUUAAAUUUUACAAAUGUCACAAUGCAGGACACAGGGACAUACACAUGUAUGGUUAGUAACUCAGCCGGCAACACCACAGCCUCUGCUACACUAAAUGUGUCCUCAACAGAGAACAGCAGCUUCAGCUACUUUACCACAGUGACCGUGGAGACCAUAGAGCCAUCCCACGAUGAAGGGCACACCACAGUACAGCAGAAAGUGAGUCCUACUCCUUCUUCUGGGGUGUGGGAGACACCUUCUGCCCCUUCAUCUACCACGACCACAACGGCUCGGACGCCACUAUCAACUAAGGCCACAGAUAAAACCUACACCAUCCCGGUCACGGCACUGGGUGACGGCUCCCUCAAUACCCUGGAUGAGGUGAUGAAGACCACUAAGAUCAUCAUUGGCUGCUUCGUGGCCAUCACACUAAUGGCUGCAGUUAUGCUGAUUAUCUUCUACAAAAUGCGCAAACAGCAUCACCAGCAGAACCACCAUGCGCCAACACGAACCAUCGAGAUCAUUAACGUGGAUGAGGACUGCGUCACUGGUGGGCCAACAAUGGAGGGUCAUCUGACUCUGCCACCUCUUGAGCAUGAGCAUCUUAACCACUACAACACCUACAAGACAGCAUACAAUCACGCCUCCACCAUCAACUCCAUACACAGCUCCGCACAUGAACCUUUGCUUAUUCGGGCCAGCUCAAAAGACAAUGUACAAGAGACCCAGAUCUGAUCACUUUUUCAUAAUGGGAAUUAAAAGAAAAAAAACAAACUUUAAAACAAACUCUAAAGGAACACUAUAUGACAUUUUGAAUCUAAAGAAGAUGGCUCAAAGAAGUGAAGAUAUGUCAGACCUAUGUGCAACAAAUACGCAAACGAUGGAGGCUAUUGAGUGACAUUGGGAA